AUGCGUUUGAUUUUCCUGGACAUUGAUGGGGUCUUGGUGACCCGUCGGCCAUGCGUCAUGGAAGAGAAGCUUUUGCAAAAUCUUGCGCGAGUCGCCAGAGAAACUGGAGCAAAGAUAGUACUCUCCAGUGAUUGGCGCCGGCACCCAGAGGCACGAGCAGAGGCACAACAAGUGCUUUCUUCAUUGGGCUUGGAGCUCAUUGGUUGCACCCCCUGCAAGAGCCCAUAUUUGGCUCAGAGACCCACUGAGAUCUUGGAGUGGAAGAGAGACUACCUCAGGACACCUGGAGUUCAAAAGCUGGAAAACUGGGUGGCCAUUGAUGACAGAGAGCUUCUGGCAGAGCAGAACGGCCGCUUUUUGCGAGGGCAUUUUGUGCAGACGCAUCCUUUGCGGGGCCUGACGCCAGAAGCCGCUGAUGCAUGCAUUGCCAUCCUAAAGCAGGAGCAGAAGUCUGAGCCAACAGCAGGCUCUGCUAUGCCUGGCGUGCCGCGGAGCAGCUCUUUGGAGGUCAGCUCCACUCAAGCCGAGGAGGAGCCACCUGCCCCACCUCGCCCAAGUAACACCAGAGCCUCAGGGGCACGUGUGAUGGCAGCGUCACACAUUUCGGCCGCACAAGCUGCUCGAGCACUGCGUGUGCACGGCAACACGGCACCUGCGGCGGUCCGACUUCCGGGCCCUGGUCGCCCCAGGGGACGUUCAAUGGGGGCAAUUGCAAACCGAAGAUGA